GUGCAGCUGGAUUAUUAUUAUGAUGUUUUUAUCUCAGCUCGCGGUUGUUUUGAGAAGAAACGGAUGAAUAAGUGAUGGAGAGAUGAAUUAAAGAUGAAUGCAUGAAUACAUAAUGCGCCUCGUGCAGUGUGUACAGCCGCCGCGCGACGUCACGUCGCUUCAUUGAGAACAGGACGCACGAGGAGACACACGGAGGAUGCACGAGACCGCGACAUCAUGCACGAGCCGCAGGUGACCGAGACACUUCCUGUUCCGAGCAACGUGAGCGCGUCGCAGUGCGAGCUCCCGUACGAGGACGGCCGGCUGCCGCUGGUGCUGCUGUACAGCGGCGUGCUGGCAGUGGGCGUCCCCGCCAACCUGCUGACAGUCUACCUCACCUGGCUGCAGGUGAGCAGGAACAACGUGCUGGGCGUGUACCUGUGGAGCCUGUCGCUGUGUGACCUCACCUACCUGUGCACGCUGCCGCUGUGGGCGCACUACGUCAACACGGGGCACAGCUGGCUGUGGGGCCCGGUGGCGUGCAAGGUGACCGGCUACAUCUUCUUCACCAACAUGUACGUCAGCAUCUUCCUGCUCUGCUGCAUCUCCUGCGACCGCUACGUGGCCAUCGCCUACAGCGUCGAGUCCCGCGGCCUUCGCCGGCAGCGCCUGGCCGUGCUCAUCACGCUCGCCAUCGUGCUGGUGGUCGCCGUCGGCCACGUGCCCGUGUUCACGAUGAAGGAGGGUGACGCCGGCGGCAAGGGACGUUGCUUCGAGCCGAACCAGAGCAGCGCCACGGUGACGGGCUUCUACUACGCCCGCGUCGUGAUCGGCUUCCUGCUGCCGCUGCUCCUGCUGGUGGCGAGUAACCGCGGCAUCCUGGCCAACGUGCAGCGCAGCACUGGGCUGCGGCGCGAGCAGAAGCAGCGCGUCCGCUGGCUGGCGGCCGCCGUGGUGGUUCUGUUCCUGGUCUGCUUCGCUCCCUACCACGCCAUCCUGCUGGUCCGGGCCAUCCUCUUCCACUUCCCGGUGCUGGGGGCCGGCUGUGUGUUGGAGGGGAUUAUGUACACGCUGUACACCAUCUCGCUCGGCCUGUCCACGGUCAACAGCGCCGUCAACCCCAUCCUCUACGUCCUGUCCAGCGACAACAUCCGCAAAGAGCUGCGCCAAGGCCUGGCGAAGCUCUGCAGCCGGGCGCAGAGCUGGCAGCGCUCCGACAACAGCCAGAACAAGAUCCAGCCAACCAGGGGCUCGUCUGAGCUCAACGGGGCCACAGAGACCCAGAAACCCCCAGAAGGGGGUCCACAGGGGUCUGACCACGCCCCCAGGGGUCUGACCACGCCCCAGAGAUCUGACCACACCCACAGAGACAUGGACACGUCCCCAUGGGUCUGACCAUGCCCCAUAUACA